AUGACUAGCGGAGUCAAUGGCAUACGCAAUGGUGUCGAAGGACUCCAUGUCAACGGCAAUGGCAACGGUGUCGCUCGCAAGAAGAUGGAUCGCAAACAGUCAAGCCCCAUGAUGCCCGCCUUCAUGGUUUCCGCACCAGGCAAGGUCAUUGUCUUUGGCGAGCACUCUGUGGUACACGGAAAGCCCGCAAUCGCUGCCUCUAUCUCGCUUCGAUCCUAUCUCCUCGUCACAACCCUCUCCAAAUCAAAACGAACAGUGUCCUUGAUAUUCCCCGACAUCGAAUUGUCCCAUACAUGGAAUAUUGAUGACCUACCGUGGUCCACGUUCUCGCAUCCCUCGAAGAAGAAGUACUACCACGAUCUAGUCACGAGUCUCGAUCCCGAGCUGGUUGCUGCCAUGCAACCACACCUUGUCGGAGUAUCGCCCGGCAUACCGGAGCCUGAGCGCAAAGUUCACCAAAAUGCAGCGGCAUCGUUUCUAUACAUGUUCCUGUCCCUAGCAAACCAGAACUUUCCAGGAUGCCUCUACACACUACGCUCGACGAUACCAAUCGGCGCUGGGUUGGGCAGCAGUGGGUCAAUUGCGGUAUGUCAGGCGGCGGCGCUUCUCAUACAAUUGCGGGCCCUUUCAGGCCCUCACCCAGAUCAACCGGAGGAGGAGGCACGUCUACAGAUUGAACGCAUUAACAGAUGGGCUUUUGUCGGAGAGAUGGCAAUACACGGUAACCCGUCGGGGGUUGACAAUACUGUAUCUACACAGGGCAAGGCAGUAGUCUUUCAACGGACAGACUACAACCGCCCGCCGUCUGUCAAGCCGCUGUGGGACUUCCCCGAGCUGCCACUUCUUUUGGUAGACACGAAGCAAGCCAAGUCGACAGCACACGAGGUGGCCAAGGUGGGUAGGCUCAAGGACGCCCACCCUAAGCUUGUGGGCACCAUUCUAGAUGCUAUGGACAAGGUCUCGAGGAGUGCAGAGGCACUUAUCAGUGAAGCCGACUUUGACAGCGAGGAAGUGGAGAGUCUCGAGAGGAUGGGUGAGCUGAUGACGAUCAACCAUGGCCUCUUAGUGUCCUUGGGGGUGUCACAUCCCCGCUUAGAGCGGAUCCGGGAGUUGGUGGAUCAUCAGGGUAUCGGUUGGACAAAGCUGACCGGGGCUGGUGGUGGUGGCUGCUCGAUAACAUUGCUCAAGCCGGGUACACCUCGUCCAAAGUUGGAGCGCCUGGAGAGGCAACUAGAGGACGAAGGAUACGAGAAGUUCGAGACAACACUUGGUGGUGAUGGCGUCGGUGUGCUGUUCCCGGCUGUGAUCAAAAAUGGUAUGGAGGAAGACGAUGAAGAAGGCGGCAUGGAGAUUGAUCUGGAGAAGUUCCUUGAAGCCGACGGCAACGAUGGCGUUGAGCGGUUGGUUGGUGUCCAAGGGGGAGGUGGAGAAAGAGAGGGAUGGAAGUUCUGGAGGGUGGAAAGCCACUAA